GAAUAAGUUAGUGAGGACUUCGUCAAGCGAACAUGGCGACAGUGACGGGUGAGACAUGCGCCACCCAGGAGACCUCUGUGCGCCACCGAGUGUCACCACUGCUCACGGAUUUGUACCAGUUCACUAUGGCAUAUGCCUACUGGAGAGCUGGCAGGCACAAUGAACACGCCGUGUUCGAGCUGUUUUUUCGAGAUAAUCCGUUUAACGGCGGGUUCUCACUUUUUGCAGGACUGAGCGACUGUGUGCAAUUUCUGCGCGACUUUUGUUUCACACCUGAAGAUGUGGAGUACUUGCGCACUGUGUUACCCUCAAACACGCACCCUGAUUUCUUCACCUACCUGAAAACGUUAGACUCAUCCGGCGUGUCUGUCAGUGCCGUAGCUGAGGGCACCGUCGUUUUUGCCCAAGUUCCACUUUUGGAGGUGUCUGGCCCACUGGCUGUUGUUCAGCUGCUGGAAACCAGCCUUCUCUGUUUGGUCAACUAUGCCAGUCUCGUGUGCACAAAUGCUGCACGGUUUCGUCUCGCUGCAGGUCCCAAGCUGCGACUUAUGGAGAUGGGUCUGAGGAGAGCUCAGGGACCUGAUGGAGGCCUAACUGCUUCUCACUACACAUAUAUUGGAGGUUUUGACUUAACAAGUAAUGCUCUGGCUGGGCGUCUCUUUGGAAUUCCAGUGGCAGGCACCAUUGCACAUUCUUAUGUCACAUCAUUCACCUCUCUUGAGGAGGUGUGUCCAAAGACACUGAUGCCCUUGAGAGGCGGUGAUCCCGUUGAGCUUGUCCCACUGGUAAAGGACUGGUUAGGACGUGUAUGUCAGUUACUGGGAGCUAAUCCUCAGCAGGUGCGUGAGGGAGAGCUUGCUGCUUUUCUCUCCUAUGCCAUUGCUUAUCCUUGUAACUUCCUCCCUGUGAUCGACAGCUACAAUGUCAGCAGUAGCGGCUUACCGAGUUUCUGUGCUGUUGCCCUGGUGCUUUGUGAGCUCCAGUAUCAGCCUCUGGGUGUAAGGCUAGAUAGUGGAGAUCUCUGUAGUCAAUCUGUGGAAGUGCGUAAUGUUUUCAGACAGUGCAGCAAGCACUUCUCAGUUACAGCAUUUGAGUCACUCAUCAUCGUUGGUACGAACAGCAUUUCUGAAAAAAGUCUUUCCGAGCUCAAGAAGAGAGAUAAUGAGAUUGAUGUAGUGGGAGUUGGAACCCACCUCGUUACGUGCAUGAGUCAUCCCUCACUCGGUUGUGUAUAUAAGUUAGUAGAGGUUGGAGGUCGGCCUAGGAUGAAGUUGAGCGAGGACCCAGAGAAAAGCACGCUGCCAGGCAAAAAGGCAAUCUACAGACUGCUGGACACUGAUGGUCAUCCUCAAAUGGAUCUCAUAUACCUGUCAGAGGAACCUGCUCCAAAGGUGGGAGAGCCCGUGACAUGUCAUCCUUUAGGAUCGGUCAAGGCUGUCCAAUCAAUCACACCUGCCCAUGUAACAAGCCUACGCUUAGAGGUCUUUUCCCAAGGAAAUAUUAUGCAUCCUCUGAGCAGUGCCUACGAGAGUCGAGUACAUGCACAGACCUCCGUUCAGGCCUUGAAUGCGCAGCACAAAAAACUAGAGGGACCAGAGUCUUACACAGUUGCCGUGUCAGAGAGAAUUCAUUCUCUCGUAUCCGACAUUAGAAGAGGAAACAGCUAACAAGGUGAUUUCCUGUUAUUGAACCUAAAGUCACCAAGCACAGACUGUUUUGUAUUGAAUAUCUUUUUCCAGUUGUACUCUACUACUAUUACGAGUCUGUGCAUAUGUAUGUUUUUUGAAUAUGUUGAACAUCCUUAUAUUCUAAUAAGAAUACGAUUAUGCUAAUAAGAAAUAAACUGACUUCUUUUUUGCAUUUGAAUAAAUUAGGUAAUGAGUUCUUUGGUACAGUAUUCUAAAGACUGCUAUUGGUGGAUUAGUGGUUAGCCAGUUUGCCUCACACCUUGGGUUGGGGGUUUGAUUCCCACCCUGCCUGUGGGUUUUGGUACUCUGGGUUCUUCCCCUAAGUACAAAGACAUGUAUUGUUGGCUGAUUGAUAUCUUUAAUAAUCCAUAGUGGGUGCCCUGCAAUGGACUGGUACCCUGUCUAGGAUGUCCUCUGCUUUGAUUCUUGAGUUCCCUGGCAUGGGCUCAGAAAAUGGAUGGAUAGCUGGAAAUCACACUUUAUUUCAUAUGACUGUAUAUAUUGAGUUUUUGGUCUGUAUGAUUAAAUUACAUUAACACGAGAACAUUCAAAACACUGAAUUAAAAGCUUAAUAAACCUUUUUUAUUACACAGCCACAUAGGUUUUAGUGAACAUGUACAUUUUUGUGCACAAGUUCACAAAUAGUUGAAUUUAUAAUGUCAUGCCGCUGCUUUAGUGUAAAUACAGAGGUUUUAAUGAUCUAACUGUAAAGUUACUGGAAUACUUGAAUCUUUACAUUACGUAUUGUGUGAUCUACCCAUGACCGAGGAUUCUCCAUUAAAAAACUUCUCCCUGAAGCAAAAA